UUCCAAUCCCCUCCAUAUCAUGUGAUUCAUGUGUUCCAAUCCCCUCCCAAUCAUGUGAUUCAGGUGUUCCAAUCCCCUCCAUGGACACAGGUGUAUACAAUCAAGCCCCUAGGCAUGCAGACUGCUUCUUCAAACAUUGGUGAAAGAAUGGGUCGCUCUCAGGAGCUCAGUGACUCCAAGUGUGGUCCCGUGAUAGGUGGCCACCUGUGCAAUAAGUCCAUCCGUGACAUUUCCUGGCUACUAAAUAUUCCACGCUCAACUGUUAGUGGGAUUAUAACAUAGUGGGAGCAACUGGGACCACAGCCACCAAG